AGGUGAAUGCUAUAAACAAUGAUGUGCUAAAGGAAAUUGAACCUUAUAUUGAGCUAGGGUUUUAGACAUCUGGCUGGGUGUUGCCUGAAAAAGAAAAAGAACCGAGGAGAGGAGAGGAGAGUUAAGCAAGCGAGGGACAAAAAUGGCGAGCAAUCCUGCAAGAAGGCUACUUCAGAGAUCAACAUCGUCCGCUAAAGCCUUCCUGAGUUGCAAAAGUCGAACCCAAUCACCUCCAGUACCAUCUAACCUCGGUGGACUCGCACCCUCCUCAAAUUCUGCUCGCGUCUCUCGUCACCACCAUUCCUUCUUCUCCACCAGGUUGCCAGUGGAGUUGGGUUGUGGAGAGUCAUUGAUGCCUCUUCACUCUGCUACUGCUUCUUCCUUGCUCAAUUCUAUGUUGUCUUCAAAGGUUGGCCAAUGGGGUUGUCUCUCUGAAGGAUUUGCAACUCCACUAUAGCAGGGCCUUCAAGUUCUUCAACAUACUCACUGACGUAGGCAAGAUUACCUCUGAAAGUAAACUUUUUCUUGUCUCCCUUCAUCUCAGAAUAAAUUAUUUGGACCUGCAAGAAAAAAUACGUUCUAUUUUUGUAAGGAAGUGCGAUGCCUGAUUUUUGUAUGCUCCUACAAUUUUUAGAUAUUACACUGGAAUGUAUGUUAUUACUAUGAAGGGGAAUGGUAUUUGGCUAAUUAUUUUUGUAUGUUCCUUUCCUCGAUGGCUAUAGUCAUUCAUUGAUGUUUUUAGACUUUAUUUUAAAUUCAACAGUUGGAUCGAUAUAGUUGUUGGUACU